AAAACGUUCUCUAAAAAAUUUUAUCUGUUCAAAAAGCUACUAAUAAAUAGUACCACAAUCAAAGAUGACAAAAUUACGAAAACAAAGAAGAAAGAAGAAGUUCAACCACAAUGUUAACAGAAAAAGAUUGAGGAAUAAAAUAUUUAAAGAAGGAAAUAUUGGAUGCAAAGAAGUAAAAUUGGAAUAUGACCGCAAGAAAUCAUUAAAGACCAACCUUCAAGAAAUGGGAUUAGCAUAUGAUCCAAACCAAUCAAUAAAAAUUCCUCAUUCAAAAAGUGAAAUGAAAAAAAUAAUGUCGACCAACAAUGAUUGGGUUGAAGAUUCAACUGAGGAACCAAUAACUCUUUCAAAAGCUCAUGUAGCUAAAUCUUUGGAAGAUGAUGCAAAAGCACCUAGAGAAAAAAAAUUCAGGUUACCAAACAGUCAAAUUGAAUGGGUCACCUACCUUAUAGAAAAAUAUGGAAAUGACUACAAAGCCAUGGAGAGAGAUAAAAAGAAUUAUAAUCAAGAAACUUGGAAACAAAUUAGACAGAAAAUUAAACGGUUUAUGAAUAUACCAGAACAGUAUAGUGAAUUUUUGAAGAAGAGUAACAUACACUUAGAGGUGGAUAAUAAUGUCUCUGAUGAUGAAAUAUAAUAAGAUUAAUUUGUAUUGUUUAUAUGUGGAAAAGGCUUUAGGUAGGAGAGUAUUUUUCAAAUAUAUCACCGGAAACCCCAUAAGGCUUAUGAGAAUCAUUAAAUAAUCAUUUAUGUAAAUAUAUUCAUUAGAAUUAUAUAAAUGUGUGGUGUUGCCAAGUGUCCAAUUAAAAUCAACGAAAAAGAAAUGUAUAAAAAGUACAUUUCCAUAUCGUCGGCUUAAUAUGGAAAGUACAUAAGUUUUUGAUUCUGUAACCGCGGCUAAAGCUACAGAAAUAUAUUCUUAGUUUACGAAAAUUGUCACUAGAUUUUGCUAAAAACAUUACUAUGAAAUCUGCAUAAGUCCCUUAAGAUUGACAUGCCUAUGAAUAUUGCAUAAGUCCUAAUUAUUAACAUGGCGUCAAAUGCGGCAUUGUUAAUUGUGUGCAUAGUUUGUUGCUUUUUAAAGUAAUUUGCUGCUGUAUUAUAUAACGCUGGUAAUAAUAACGUAAAGGAAAGUACAAGUGACUCAUUGUUAUAUUAAAUCGAUUAUACUUCAACAAAUAUUAAUCUGUAAACCGUGUUUAAAUUUUGAAUGGAGUUGUGCAAUUUUCAUAACAAUAACGUACUAGUAAUUUUUAUUUAAAUAUAAAUUUUAAAUAAGCCCAUGAAUUCGUUUUUUGUCUCUCCUGUAAAAUUGUUCAUUUCGGACUUAUACAAUUUUCAUAUUAAGCCGACGAUAUACUUUAAAGAGCACAAUUUAUUUCUAGUCACAUCUGACGAUUUAUUUAUUCAUUUUGAUUAAAUUGCUAUAGUACAUUGUUAGUGUUGAUAAGAAUUCAACUUAAAUAUACUGCAUUACGCCACUGCGUUAACAAUAACAAACAAGUCCAAUUGGGUUAUUUUAUUUUAUUAUUAAAAUCACAAAAUAUAAAAUCUUAUAUACAUAAUAAUUAACUAUUAAUAUUACAUUAUCUAUAAAGUAAUAAGCAAUGUAUUUUUCUAAAACUUUUAAACAAUUACUUUUUUGAAACAAGGGAAUUUAUUUGUUUAACAAAUGACGUCAGCCAGCCGAAUUUAAAGACAACUAUCAACUAAAGAGGAUAGCUGAAUUAGUUAAAUUUGUGCUGGGUUAACUGUGACGUCUCUCAGUGGAUACUUUUAAUGAUUACCCAUUUAAAACGUACAUCUAUACACCCUUUUUUAAAUUACGACGUUUAACAUUUUUAUUUUUAAAACAAAAAGUAUUUCAGAUAUUCAAAAAUAGGUAAGUAGUUGGUAACAAAUUAAAAUACUAUGGCCAUGUUAUUUUUUAAUUAAGAAAUAUUGAUAAAUUUGAAAUGUUAAGAUAUAAGUUGAAAUGUGUACAAACAGUAUCAUAACAUACUAAUAUUCAGAUUCCUGAUAGGUUUACAAAACAGAUUUGAAUAUUUUAUUAAAUAAAUCAAGUUAAUAAAAAAUAUACUGGUUUGACCAAUACUCCAAAAUUACGCAGGACAGGUUAUACCUUUGUGGGUUACCAUUUGUUUACUCUACUUUUAGUAAUAAUUGCUGAUAAGGAUCAUAUGUCCAUAAAUUUAUAUUAAUUAAUGUUUAUCUUUUGUGUCAUCAUUUUUAGUUAAUAAAUUUUAUUAUAUAUUUUUUUAAAUAAUUUUUCUAUUAAAUUUAAAUUAAAACUGUUAAACCUGCAUUGUGGUAACUUUAUUAGUUCGAAUACAUCGUUGUGUUAUUUUGUAAUAAUGAUAGGCAAGGGGCCCUAUCCUCGGCUAUCGUUUUCUAAAAAAACGUAUAUGCUUUAGCAACAAGUGAGAUAUUCGCUAUUCUCGACAUUGUAUUAAAAGCGUGUACGUUUUUAAAACGGGUGUUUUACAGCGAUCGGAAUUUUUCACACGUUUUUGAUGAAACAUGCAUGUUUUCAAGGAUUUAGCUAAUGCCACUUUUAGGAUGAUUAAUAAUCAGAGUUGGGUCGGAUACAGGAAAAAAGUAUCCGAGUACCGGAUACGGAUACUUAUAAUGUAUCCGGAUACUUUCACCUAAAAAGUAUUCGGAUACUUUCUUGGAUACUUUUACGGAUACUUUUAAAGUGAGUUAAAAUAAUGUUUUCAUACCAAUAGUUAUACUUAUGCAAUACGAUUGAUUACGUGUAACAAUAAAAAAUACUAGGCAUAAAUAAAUUAUCGAAAAUGGAAGGCGAUAUAAUAGAAACAGGAAAAAACUACUCAAUAAAUUGUUUAUUAUUUUUAUUCUGUGAAUAUAAAACCUUAAAACAAAAUGAAUAAUAAAACAUAAAGGUGCGUAAAUAAAGCGAGUCGCGCCUGAACCACGCCAAAAACCAGUCAGUGUCGUGUCUAUAUAAAUCUAAAGAAAUUCUACAUAUAUAUCGAAAUUUUUAUUCUUAAUAUUUUUGUUAUUUUAAACUGAUCUGCCAAGAUAAAAAUAUAUAUUUUUUAAUUAUGCUCUUUUAAAAAACUGGCUCCCGAUAAAUCUAUAUAAUGACAUUAUGUAACCAUUCCUAAAAUUUCAAAUUUAUUUUUACAUUUUUAAAAUUACUUUAAAAAUGGAUUUUUAAAAUAAUUUUACAUGUUAAUAGAAAAAAGUAGAAAUUUUAAAUUUCAGGAAUAUAUUUAUCUUGGCAAAUCAGCUUAAAUUAAAAAAUUAUUACAGAGUUUCGCGUAAAAUGUGAAAAAAAAAUUAAUUUAAAUCGCUUGAGAAAUAUGAAUCAAGUAUUUUUAAGGGUAUUACUUCCUCUUAAUGGAUCAGUUACGAUUGUGGUAAAUAAUUUAAAAGUAUCCGAAUGCCGAAAAAAGUAUCCGGUAUCCGGAUACUUACAAAUUUGGUCACGGAUACCGGAUACAAAAUUUGAAAAGUAUCCGGAUACAGCUUUCGGAUACACAUAAAGUAUCCAGAUACAGAAGUAUCCGGAUACUACCCAACCCUGUUAAUAAUAUUGAUUGAUUUUAACAAAUUCUAGGUAAACUACUUUUUAUUAAUACCUACAAAAGUAUCUAAAUUCUUAUAAAUAUAGUUUGCAGUACUAAAAAAGUUUUCAAUUAUUAUUAAUUGUAAAAAUCUGAUGUGUCCAACACAUGACUUUCCUAUCUAGUUAUUACAGGCUUUUUCCGGUUAUUUUGUACAACCUAUUGCAGCAUCUCUAUAAAUGUUUAGAGGAUAAACUAAAUAUAUACAUUGUCCACAUACAUCUACCGCGAAACAUUUUUCUAUAGAUAUUCUUUGAAAAUGAAAAUACUGAAACAUUUAAAUUUAGCACUUUUCCUACAAUUUUUCCAUUACGGUCCAUUUUAAAAAAAUCAUGUAUGAACAAAUAUUAUAGAGAUCGAUAUCGCAAACAACUUUUAUUUCAACAAUUUUCAUAAAAAUCAGAAUUUUGCA